GAGGAAGAAAUUUUUAUAGCGUUACCCGUACAGUUGCAUUUCAUCGUUCAAUUGCGUUGUGAAAAUGUUACCAAAAAUCUGUUUCGUAUUUUUACUAAGUCUCUCUGCCAGUUUCGCCAACCCCCCUGUGGAAUGUCCUAAUAUUAUUAGCAGGAGUCAGUGGACCAUUGCUCCUGCUGGAGAUGUGAAUUAUUUAAUUUUACCGAUACCUUAUGUGGUGAUACAACAUACAGUGACCCCCGAGUGCGAAACCUACGAUGCAUGUAAAAAAAGAGUCGAAAACAUACGCAGUUUUCAUAUGAAUGACCUUGGCUGGGACGACAUCGGUUACUCAUUCUUAGUUGGCGGUGAUGGAAACAUAUACGAAGGAUGCGGGUGGACCCGCGAAGGAGCGCACACGUUUGGAUAUAAUAAAAAGUCGAUUGGCAUAGGCUUCAUUGGAAAUUUCAAUAGAAAACGGGCUAAACAAAACAUGUUGGACGCUGUGCAUCAAUUGAUUCAAUGCGGCAAAUCCCAAGGUAUCCUUCGGAGCAACGUACGUGUGAUCGGUGCACGGCAGGUGCAAUCAACGUCCAGUCCGGGAGAGAAACUUUACGAGCAGAUCCAGAGCUGGCCUGAAUGGGUCAGUAGUCCUUAAAAUACUUAAAACAAAAACUUGCAGUAGUUGAUCGCUGUAAUGCGAAGUAGCAGGCAAAGUAGCGCUGCGAUAAAAUCAUGUUUGUCAUAUUACAAACUUAUUUACCAAUAAUUACUUAAACACAUGACGUAUAAAAUAUAAAAUGUGGAAUGUAUUUCCUUCUUCUUGGAAUAUAUUAUAUCGCAAAAUGUUUGUAAAAUUAACAACGAAAAGCACGAUGAAAAUGUAAGACCGUAAGAAAUAUACUUCGGUAUGUUCGAGGUAA